ACCUGGGUAACUUGUUCUUCACAGUCUAUCCAACUCUCUCCCCACAUCUGCCACCAUGACUCGCUAUUUCUGCUGCGGAAACUACUUCCCAGGGUAUCCCUGCUAUGGAACCAACUUCCAUGGGACCUACAGAGCCACCCCCCUGAACUGUGUCGUGCCUUUGGGCUCCCCCCUGAACCAUGGCUGCGGAACCAUGUACAGCUCCCGCAAUUUCUGCUAUGGUGGCAUUAGUAACUUCAGCAAUCCCGGCUGUUGCUACGGCAGCAGCUUCUACAGGCCCUGGGGCUCUGGCUCUGGCUUCGGCUACAGCACCUACUGAUGAUCCAAUGGCUCUGAAGACGACAGGACCCUCAACCAGCUACCGUCCCAAGAAACAACCUGAAAAGCAAUGUUUGCCUUCCACCCUCCCGUGGCAGCCACAAGAUACAGACUACUACUCACUGUGGUCUGGUUCUCCAGCAAUGCUCAGCGGGAGCCCAUCUAGAAACCGAAACUUCUCUGCAGCUAAGAGAAGCAAAACAAGCUUUUUCAUGAGAGACUGAAAAUGACAGCAACAUAAAUGUUGUUUCCAGUUGGGGUGGGUGGGCAGGGUCUUACUGUUAGUCUCCCAAUAAACUAGUUUCAUGCAUC